UGGUCUAGACUCUGCAGGCAAUUGAAUGUGAUGUCAUCGUCAAGCAUCUUAUCGAUCAGGCAAUUCGGAAGUGAUAGGAACUGUAUUUUUGGGGGCGCUUUCUGAUAAUGAUAUUCACCUUAUCGUUUCUAUAAAAAGGAGGCUAGUAGCUAUCUGCUCCCGUUAGUCGAUUAGCUAGAUUGCUGUGAACUCGAGGUGUAGCAAAAUGCGUGUCCUCUUGGUAUUGCUGAGUGUGCUGUACGUGAAGUUAGCUUGCGCCGGUUCGCUAUACUCUGGAGAUAAUGACAAUCAUGAAUGGCAUGUAGCGGCAGAUGAAAAUGGCAACAUGAGACUGGUGUCGUACACCGUACCGUACCAGCUGGAUGGAGAAAGGUCGAGAAAAGAUUUUGUCCCGGAGCGUGAUACACGCUUCUUGCUGUACACUGCAUCGAAUCCGGAAGUUCCACAUAUCCUUCGCAACGGUGAUCUUGAUUCCAUCAUCAAUUCUCCCUUCAAUCCAAACAAUCCGACACGCAUGAUCAUUCACGGUUGGCUCGGUACACAGAACUCCGAGAUUAAUCGUCUUACACGGUCAGCACUGUUCUUUACCGGCAACUAUAACAUAAUCUACGUAGACUGGAGCGUCGGUUCGGUGGACGAGUUUUAUCCGAACUCGCGACAGUUAGUGUACGCUGUAGCGGCCGCUGCCUCCAACAUUUUGGACUACCUGGAGCGAUACUUCUCGAUCAACAAGCGUGAUGUCGUUGUUGUGGGCCACAGUUUGGGAGCUCACGUUGCCGGUAACGUUGGAAAGUGGCAGUCGGGUGCGAUCGGUACUAUCAUCGGGUUGGAUCCAGCUUUGCCAUUCUUUGCCGGAAAUGCCCCAGACCGUAUUAUGGCAUCGGAUGCAGAUUACGUGGAGAUCAUUCACACGAACGGUGGUGUGCUCGGCUUUAUGGAUCCGAUCGGAGAUGCGGACUUUUAUCCUAACUUCGGACGUGUGCAACCGGGCUGUGGAGCAGAUGUUGGAGGCAGUUGUGCCCAUGCCAGGGCCGUACACUUUUACGUAGAAUCAAUUCUUUCCCGCCAUGGAUUCAUUGGACAACAGUGUCAAGCGUUCCAAAACAUACGGGAUGGUAUGUGCACGCAAACUGGAGUCUCAUCCCGUAUGGGCGGUGAGCCACCGAAUGUGGACGGUGCGCCAACAGGCAUUUUCUUCCUACAGACAUCAAACAGCUUCCCAUUUGCCGUGGGAUGCUAGUUUAAGGGAGUGAUAAUAACGAAACGUUUGUUAAGAGCAGCAUGUAUGAAGCUGUU